UGUGAAGCUUAGAUUUAGUCAGUGUUGUGUUUUUAUUUUAGUUUUGUGGCGCUUGUCUCUCCAGACUGUCAGUGAAUGUGACGCUGUGGUGCGUUUGCUGUUUGCCAUCAUUUUCGUGCAGCAGGAAGUGGUGUCCGUUGACUUCCUGUGUGCCGUAACUGCUCAGGUGUCUUCUGGUCCUGCAUCUAAGCCCCCUCCUCAGUGAUCUGGCCCAGUCCUGCCAGGAAGCUGCUGUUUCCACGACGACCUGAGCAGAUGUUCCGUGUGAAGCUGAACAGAUUUUAUUGAUCUGAUUCAUUUUAAACGUUAACAUCUGGACACGCUUUUGUCCAAUGAAGUUCAUUCAAACAAGAGGAACCAGCAGAGACCAGUCCGCCGUGGACAGACCAGGAACACACAUCUGGAAAGAGGAGGAGGGCUUAUCUCCUCCUCCUCCAGGAGCCUCAAUGAGGCGUUCAGGUCCCUCUGUGAACCAUCUGAUCCGUGUCAGCUGCAUAGUUAACAGUUUAUCUCCAAAUGAAAGUAGCUUAUAAACAGAUAGCGCUGGCUAACGUUAGCUCAACGCUAACGUGGCUUAUAGAAUCACCACCUUCUGUCAAAAUGGUUGCCCGUCAAGAACAAAAUAGGAACCACGUAAGACCCUGAAUACCUUCCACCUACAGUGGGACAACUUCAAGCACCUCGGGAUUCUCUUCAAGAACUCCAGAACCCUUUCAAGAACCAUGAGAUCUCCUUAAAGAAUACCUAUUGAAGUUCUUGAACCACCCGGACUGGUAAGAACAGAGAACACAACCCCCCCACGCACACACACACCUGGAAGGACCUCCCACCCUCUGCUGCACACCUGCUGCCCUUAACCUGUGACCUCACACACACACCUGGUUACCUGGAGGGCGGAUGUGUGUCAGAGGAAACUGCCCUCUGCUUCAGAAACAACAAACACAGGAACAUUACAGCUCCGCCUCUCCUCACCUGCUCAGGUGUGUCUGCGUGAACAAUCUGAACCAGAGCGGCAGGUUUGUUCAGUCGCAUCCGAUCCGAAGAGCAUUACCUGGGGACAGGGCUCCCGUAGGGGCCUCGGGCCUCCCCGACAUCCAGGACAUGGAGCUGAGGGAGGAGUGGCAGGACGACGGCUUCCCCAGGCCUCUCCCAGAGGAUUGUCCGGAGGAGGCAGAGAGUCCGUCAGGAGACGAGCAGCAACCAGCCCCGCCCACCAGCCUUGUCCUAUUGGGAACCAUUGGGAGUGUGGCUAAGAAGCGCCUGGUGGCCCCAUCGCUCAGCCUCACUCUGAGCCGCAGAGACUCUCACGACCCGAGCAGCGACGGGUUCUCUGCCGCCGCGCUGUCGGCGACGCCCGAGGAGACGCCGUCCUUCGACAUCAACCUGGAGGCCCUGGAGACGCCCUCAGGCAGCGAGACGGGGACGCUGCCCGACUUCAAUAAUGAGCUGGAGUGGGAGGAUGACCUCCCGCAGAUGGCGGCAAAAGGGGCCAAGUCAAGGAGUCCUUUGGACCAGUCCGAGGACCUGAUGGACCUGGACCAGACGGACACCAGGGGAUGCCGCUGGCGGAGGUUUUCCGUCUCAGGACACGAAUUCCACGUCAACAUGAGCGUCCUGGAGCCGUACCUACAGGUCCUGUCGCACGGAGGUUACUAUGGAGACGACAUGAACGCUGUGGUCCUGUUCACCGCCUGCUACCUGCCGGAGAACACAGUGGACAACUACGAGUACGUCAUGGACAACCUGUUCAGGUACAUUGUGGGGACCUUAGACCUGAUGGUGUCGGAGAACUACCUGUUGGUCUGCCUGUGUGCGAUGGUUCCCAGGAACAAGCUGCCCUCCAUGAAGUGGCUCCAUCAGUGCUACGCCUCCAUCGACAGGAGGCUGAAGAAGGACCUGAAGGGGCUGCUGGUGGUCCAUCCUGCCUGGUACAUCAAAGCUCUGCUCACUGUGAUCAAACCCUUCAUUAGUGACAAGUUCAGCACUAAGAUCCGGUUCAUUGGCAGUUUAGAAGAAUUAUCUCGGUUCAUUCCAACAGAAAGUCUGCAGAUCCCAGACGCCAUACACCAGUUUGAUGAGAAGUUGAGAAGAUGAUGAUCACUGAGGUUGACGGACUGGAAGGUUACUAAAAGGUCAAAGGUCACUCUCACCCUGAUAACCUUUGACCUCCUGCCUGUUUAGAACAAAGACUCUGGGUUUAUUUAUACUGUCUUUAAAGUUAAAAGGUCAAACUCAGGUGUGUUUUUACCUGUGGAGCUGAAGCUGGCGUCUGAUUCAGGACUAUUGAUCCUCAAUCAUGUGAUCAACGUGAGGCUUUACCAUAGUUUGAUGAGCAGGCUGCCUAUUACCUGUUGCAUUAAUGCGCAACUGUGAUAAAAGCUUCGAUCAAACUUUUUUAAAUUAGAACUGACUGAUUUUGAUGUUUGGUAUUGGUGUAUUAAAAUGUAUUGGUGUAUUAAAAUGGUUGACAAGCAAGUCUUAGUCAGUUUUCUGUAUGUAUUGUAUGUAUCUUUUGUUCCACAAAGUGGUGUCAAUUCUGUGAAAGGAAAGUGGUACCAUCUCUAUUUUGACACUGAAAUAAUCAAUGGUUAUAAUAUGCUAAAAUAAGACAUUUGUGUUCUGUUACAAAAUAUUUUAAAUAACUAAUUUUAUGUCAACCUUUCAAAUCAACUUUAGACUGUAAACUCUUAACAUCAGAGGCUUCAGGAAUUAAUUUAAAAUUCUGUAUUAAACUGACAAUAAUCAAAA